AUGCUUCUGCCAGCAAGCAGUGGCCGACUUUUACAACAAAUUGCAGUGGAGCGAAGUAAGCUCAAGGCCGCGUUUCUCAAAUACGAAAUUGCGCAAACUCUUCCUCCAACACGGACACCUUUUUACGGCGUUUUUUUUUCCAUAUUUUCAGAAGUGGAAAACUUCUCAUUUAAAGAAUUCUAAUCCCGUGUUCAAAGUAAUUUCCGCGAAAUGCGAAAUUGUCUCUGACCCUCCAAAAUUUAGUUAUCUUUCUCUUUCUCUGACGGCUAUUUUGAAUUUCGCGGAAUCACUUUGAACACGGCAUAACCAAAACUUUUUUGCUUUGAAAAAUUUUCACGAGCGAUGAAAAUCUGUCCAAUUCCUAUGAAUGACCACCGAACGCGCUAUUGAACUUUUUUUCAAAUAAUUGCGAGUUUUACAUUGCUCACCUUUCUUGAAUUCCUACCUAACUAUAUGUGAAUUGAAUGAAGGACUGUGUUACACUGCGAAUCGGGCCAAAAAUCCGUUUUCAUCUCUAUAAAAGGAUAUUAAUGAAAAUGUUAAAUAAUCUUUGUUUAGAAAAAAACAACAGCUUUUUUUCACAAUUUUUAAGUUAUAAUAAUUUUUUUGUUUUUUUAUAUUUUUUUGAAAAAAAGCAACGGAAUGAACUCUGAAUUUAAAAAAAUUUUUCCAAAAAAACAUUUCUCAUUUAUUUUUAAUGUCGUUUUUUUAUUGUAAAAUUAAAGUGAUUACACACAAUUAUGGAAAACCUUCAACAAUUAUACUUUAACUGCACUGUUAUUUUAUUAAAAUCGUGGUUUUCCACUGUUUAAAUAAAAUUCUAAGAAACUUUUUUUCAGAUGAUUAAACUUUUUUUGAAGUUUUUUCAACUAAUAGCAGUUUGUAAAGCCAUCGAAUUGACUUUCGAAUUGCCUGAUAACGCCAACCAAUGCUUCUAUGAAGAGAUUCAAUCGGGGAUAGACUCUGUUUUAGAAUUCCAGGUUUGUUUUCAAUUUUUAUUCCAGUAAAGUUAAUUUAUUAGAUUAUUUUUCCUAUUGUUUUUUGUAUAGGUCGAAAGUAUGGAUUAGCAAUAGCAUAAGCCUUUGAUUUAUUAUGAAAAAUAUAAUUUCAGUUCUCAGCUUUUUUUGAUCGAAGAAAUUAUUUUUCAGGUUGUUACUGGCGGUCAUUAUGAUGUGGAUAUGGCUCUCGAAGAUCCCACUGGGAAAGUUUUGUACAAGGACAUUAAGAAGCAAUAUGACAGCUUCUCUUUCAAAACAGAAGUACGUGUAUUUUUUUAAUUUUGCUUCAAGUUUUACUUCUUUUUUUUUCUAGACACCUGGAACCUAUAAGGCAUGUUUCUCAAACGAGUUUUCUACGUUCUCGCAUAAGAUCGUUUAUAUGGAUUGGCAGGUGAGUCAAAAACCUAAAUUUUCUGAUUUUAUUUGGAUUAUUUCACAGAUUGGCGAUCCCAAUAAACUGAACAAAGCAGUGACAUCAGGGUCUCACGCUGUGAGUCAACUUGAAAACUACGCUGUUUCUAUUGGAGACAAACUGCGAACGGUAAAUUUGAUUUACAAAGCUUGCCAUUUUUUGGCACAUUCUGAGAUAUUCCAUGGGUAUCUGAGAAUCUUGCUGCGAAAAUCUAGCCUUGCAGUAAUAGACAUAAACUAUGAAAUAUUUUUUUCUAAAUUCUCUUUUUUUGUAUUAAUCAUUCUGUCUGAGUACAAUAUAUUUAAGUUCAGCACAGGCUUUCAACCUCGAAUAAAAGAAAAUAGUUUAAAAAUUAUUUUAAUAAAUGGAAUUUUUUAAUAGGUCGAUUUUCCGAAAAUUUUCGGCUCGAACUGGAGGUUUGUGAGCACCUUCUAAUGAAAGUUCACCUUGAUAAAUACUCUUAUGUGCUAUAAUAGCCCAUUCCGCGCCAGUUUUUCACGAUUUCCAUCUUUUUCUGAGCUACAGAACCAUUCUUUUCGAUACGGGCGAUAUUAUCUCUCCCUGUGCUUUUAAUAUAACUGAAACUUAAGUCCAAAUAAAAGCCGCAGACAGAGAAACAUGCCUCGCGCUCUGAACGGAAUUAUUCUCUAGCUCGAAGGGAAACAAAAAUCCUGAAAAGCUAGCGCGGGAUAGCCUAUAACAGAAUUAUCAGAGGCGUAAUUUGAUCUCGAAAAAAUUUUAAACGGAGAGUUCAAGGUUGAUGAUUAUCAAACGCACCACCGACUCCGCGAGGCUACGGGGCGCAAGAGAGCUGAACAACUAAACGAAAGGGUCAUGUUAUGGAGUCUCGGGCAAACCGCCGUCAUCUUGCUCAUUGCAGUUGCUCAGGUUUCAAUUUUAAACAAAGAAAGAAGUUAAUCAUAGCGUAGCAAGUCUUGUGAAACAUAUAUCAGUUGGAUUACAUCCAAUUGAUACUACGUUUCAAAGUCACCUGCUGUGGUAUGACCUCCGCUCGACUAUGAGUUGAGAAUCGAGACUCUGCGUGUUGGUAGACCUAUGUGAGAGUAGUCGGAAUCGGAAAUAAAAUUCACUAAAUCCUACAUGACGUCAUGGGAGGAGUAAAGUGGGCGUAGAAGAUCGUAGAACGAUAAAAUAAACUAUUACUUGGAGGACCACGAGAAUAUUGACGAAUCUAGACGCGUUCUUGGAAAAAGUUCGUUGACCGUUGCGCCCAACAACAAGAAUCUCUUUAGAUAUACCAUUAUUCAGCAGAACAUUUUUGAUUUCUCAGAUGUCAAAAGAAAUGAAAAACUUGUCAAAAGCUUUCCAGAAUGUAUAUGGACUCCGAGCGUGACCAUAGUCGCUCUGGAAAAAUUUUGAAGUUUUUUUGAAAAAAAAUUUCCUCAGUUUUUUGAAGGAUUCAGCAGAUUUCGAUUCCGAAUUCACACGCAAAAAGUCUCGAUUCUCAAUCAGUUGUCGAGAGGAGAUCAUACUGUAGUUAGGAUUAAAAGUUAGGAGAAACCUAUACUUUUCCUACAAAUGAACAAGUUUCUAAUCUGUCGAACUUUGAAUUAUCUAAAUGACUAAAAUUAAUUUUUAAAUUUUUCUAGUUUGGUACUGCCUGGGAAGAUUUUGAGAAACUUCUAGUGACCAUGAUACUUUUUGCAGGUUCUUCUGCUGAAGUCGUUUUUCUCCGAUAAACGUUCCCGAUAUUGA